AUGGCUCCUUGCCUGCUCCUGCUUCUCCUCGCACUUCUCCCCCGGGUUUCUCCGCUGCUGGAUACUAGCAUCUUCUUAAUAUAUAAUGAAGAACACAAGCGCUGUGUACUGGCUCUAAGUUCUAAUUCAGUGACUACUGCUCCUUGCGUUCAAGAAAAUGAGUCACAAAAAUUCAGGUGGGUCUCAGAUCACCAGCUUAUGAGCGUAGCAUUCAAAUUGUGCUUGGGAGUGCCUUCGAAGAAAGACUGGGUUCCGAUCACUCUGUAUCCUUGUGACAAGGCUAGUGAACUUCAGCGAUGGGAAUGCAGAAAUGAGACUCUUUUUGCAAUCCAAGGGGAAGAUUUGUUUUUCAACUAUGGAAACAGACAGGAAAGGAAUAUUAUGCUGUACAAGGGAUCUGGUUUAUGGAGUAGGUGGAAAGUCUACGGAACCACAGACGAUCUGUGUUCUCGAGGCUACGAAGAUACCUACACAGUGAAAGGAAAUGCCAAUGGAGCACCUUGUGUAUUCCCUUUCAAAUUUGGUGAUAAGUGGUAUGCUGACUGCACGAAUGCUGGCAGAUCAGAUGGCUGGUUCUGGUGUGGAACCACUUCAGACUUUGAUGUUGACAAGAUGUAUGGAUUUUGCCCAUUGAAAUUUAAUAGUGUUGAAUUGCUGUGGAAUACAGAUCCUUUAACAAAUGUCCAGUACCAGAUUAACUCUGAGGCAGCUCUGAAAUGGCACCAGGCAAGAAAAAGUUGUCAACAACAGAAGGCAGAGUUACUAAGCAUCACAGAGUUGCAUGAACAAACAUACCUGACAGGUUUGACUGGCAGACUGAGUUCUGCUCUCUGGAUUGGUCUUAACAGUUUGAAUUUCAACAGUGGAUGGCAAUGGGUCGGUGGUGCUCCUUUUCGAUACUUAAAUUGGGUUCCAGGACAUCCUUCUCCAGAACCUGGAAAAAUUUGUGCAGCAUUAAAUCCUGGCAAAGGUGCUAAGUGGGAGAAUCGGGAAUGUGAUCAAAAACUUGGCUAUAUAUGUAAACGAGGAAAUGCUACUUUAGAAUCUUUCAUUAUUCCUACAG